GUUUCAAACGGCGCCUUACAUUUCAUAACAGGAGACUAGCAUCGCAACAUGAAGCUGCUGUACGUUAUGUGCUUGCUGCCGGUGAUUCAUGGAAGAAAUAUUCAUAUUACUGCGGCAACUGAACCCGUGGAAACCAACUCAAAAGGGCAACGUGUGCAGUACGGUUGUCAUGAGGAGAGGAAGCUAUCACAAGAACAUCGGGGCAACAUCCCCUACUAUCCACACAAGUGCCGUUACUACUGCAACCGGGGAUCUGUACCGAUUCUCUACGGCUAUUUUGAGGAAUCCACGCCAUGUUGGGACAGCGUAACGAAAGACUUUCGCUCAAGGACAGGAACAUGCGUCUACAGCCGUGGUAGAAAGCCAUCUGUAUGGUGUGACACAAACCAGACCGCCGUAACCUCUCCACCAGAAAAAGCUACGACCACGAAGCUGCCGUGCUGAUAUACAUUACGAACAUCACACGUGGCAUUUAAAAAUAUUUGUACGCGGGAAAUAUACGAAUAAAGCGGGAAAAC